AUGCGGUUGAUUUGUUACGUUCUUGUUUGGUCGAUUUUUGUUGUUGUCAAUGGAGUUGAAAUUCGAGAAGGAGAGAUUGAGAAUUUCCUGGAAUUCUUUGAUGUUAAAACCUCUCAGGGCACUUUUAUUGAAGCUCGCUUUUCAAGUAAGUUUUUUUUCAUUUUUUUUUGUUUUUUGGUAACGGUUGUUCUACUUUUUCAUAUAGGUAAAGGUCACACUACCUAUAAGUAUGAAAAUCAUACUAUGGAUGUACUAACCUUAUAUAUACAAUCCUUUACAUAGGUAACUUCCUCGUACGUCUUCAAGUAAUAUUCCAGCCUACAAUGAAACCAUUGGACCAUCGUUCCGUCUGACGGACUCUUCAAACUCUAUGUCUUGGAAAGUAACACCAUUGGGUGAUGCUUACCAGAUCCAUUCGUUUGUAUUGUUCAGAGAAGGACGAUUCACCGUUAUGACGUCAAGUGUGUUGUAAGUUAUUUAUUUUUAAAAGUUUUACAUUUGGGCGUGUUUUUAAUAUUCGGACGUGUUUUUGAAAUUUUAGACUGAUAUUGCAAUUUACUCGAGCAAUGUUUAUUCAUUCUUACCUGUGGCUCACCAUAUCAUGCCUUCUAGAGAAACCUCAAGCUUUCUUGACUACGAUGCGUUAGUCACCCAUGCGUUUUCCUACCGAAACUUGAUCUUCUUGGACAAUGCCAGGUUCACAUGGGCACAGAAUGUGCUGUCGAAAAAACCGCAGACAUAUGACAUGUGUGAUAGGACAGUAACAGCACAGUUCGACUCGUAUUUCAAGAAGAACUCGACUAUUUUUGACAUUAAAAAACAGUGCUUUGGAGUGGAUCAAGUAGGCUUUAGUUGUAGCUGUAGUGUGUAGGGUUAGAUAAGGUGUAGUAGAGUCAGAAAGGCGUAUGUUUUAAGUAUGGGUAGGGUAGCGGAUGUUGUAAGUAUGGGUAGGGUAGAGUAACGUAAGGUUGGAUAAAGGUUGAAUAUAACGAUGGUAAGGUAGGGUAGGAUAAGGUAGAAAUCAGGCUUUAAUAUAGCUUUGGCAAGAUAGGGUAGGAUAAUAUAGCAAGCUUUUGAGCAUGAUAAGGAUAUCACAGAGGAUAUUAAUUGCAAAAAAUAUAAGCUUUGAACCUUUAGCGAUGUGGAAUCAACCGUGACACUGGUGAGCUAGAAAUUCUGGAUCCGGAAGAUCAAUACAUGUACAAAGCCUUCAAUUUCACGAUUCCAUGGAACUGUUCUAGAUCAUUCUGUUCAUUUAAAGACGAUAAAUACGUUUUUUACCAAAAAUUUUGUUUUUCAGUGAUAAGGCGGCCAAAAGGAAGAUUAAAAGCUCUAAAAUCACUGAUUUUUGGUCGUUUUUAGCUGUUUUUUAGUUAAAAAAAUGAAAAUAUACAAUUUUUUGCAUUUUUUCUUUUUAAAGCGUGAAACGCGAAAAAAAUUAAUCGAUUUAAAAAAAUUUUUAAUUUUUUACUGAUAACGAGUUUGUUUAGUGAUAAAGUAUAUGUGAUCCCAAAGAAUCUGCGCACCUCCUCGAACAAGCCAGAGGGCGAAAGAAUCGGCCUUGUGCCAUUGCUAACCACACAGUCUAAAUUGAUUCGUCGAAAGCUGAAAUGGAUGUCGGGUAACGGUUUCACCCAAAAGCCGGCUAUGUUAAUAUCUAUUGGAUUUUUGAUAGCUUUUUUCGUUUUAUAAUGGUUUCCUGAAUAAACUCUGGUUAUUAUUAUAGGGAUUGGUUAGAUUUUAUUUUUAUACAGGUAAAGACUGUGAGGCAUGCAUAUCUUCAUUUGUUUUCAUUGUGAAUGUUUUGUCGUAAAAAAUGGCUUUGCAGCCUGCAGUAUUUCGUGCGCAGCUGUACGUUAUCGAAGUUGUUGCCCGAACUUGUUUUUCGUUUUGCUUUCGUAUCCUCUGGCUUUACGACAAGUUUUUGAUCAAUUUAGUAAAGUGUUAAGCAGCUAGGUGAUAAUGAUACUUUAUUGUAAAUGUUUUUCAAAGAAUUUUGUUAAUUAUAUUAAUGUUGCCAUGAGAUUUUGUUAUAAAAGGGUGUUGUACUCCUAAAUAGAUCGAUCAAUAAUAACAGUUUAUUCACAAUAUAAUUACACACAGAGAAUAUUUCAUAGGAAUAAGGAGACUACCUGUUGAAUGAAUCCAAUCCCCUUUUAUACUAAUCCUGAAUGCUCGUUCUUUGAGUUACACUCCAUAAUGUAGUAGUCUUGCCUCUGUAGUCUGAUCGUUAAUUGAAUGUUCUGUGAAACCCAUCGUUUAUAAAAACCAACUUCUUUCUAUAUUUAGAAAGGAAACACGUUUUGUGACUUUACUUGUUUAUUGUAGUUCCGCUUAUGUUUUGUGUUUUGAUAAUAAAUAUGUCCGCGUUUUUAGUCGCGUAUUACAAGGGUAUGGGAUCUAAAACAAGGUUAUUUGCCGUUAUAUUGCGUGUUAUGUGCUUGCAAAAGUUUGCAUGACGUAAAUUAAUAUUCCGAAUGUUUUACAGAUUAUAAAGCUUGAAGAAACACGAAAAACGAUGAGUUAUGAUCUGUGGAAGCACCUUCACCUUGUUGUGUUGCAUAGGAAUUGAGAAACUGCUCCAGUUGGACAAAUGCCGCUUCAACCAUGAUAGAAUAGGGGCAAAAUUGGAAGAAUACCUACAUUUAACAGUUAAGAGUUAUUUGGGUGAUGAGCUUGUUGGACGACCAGCUAGUGUCCUUGAGGUAAGUUUUUUGAUUUUUUGUUGUUCUUGGUUUAGAUUAUGGAAGUUCUUGACGUUGUUAGAAACAGGAACUUUUAAAAGUAAUUUUAUGGGCAACUAUUCUUAUUUUCGGUUGUGAAUUUUAGGCUUAGUGCCUUUGUUAUGAAUGAUUCAACGCGCAUUGUCACCUAAAACAAUUUCCGACCUUUAUUAAACACUUUUUAUGUUCGCUUUUAGCGUUUCUUUCUUGUAAAUUAUAUAUUUUUUGCUUUCGAACGGCGUUUUCUUUGCUUUUUUAUUAGAAAAAUUGUUAUCAAACGUUUAAUUUAUUAAAAAUCUACGAAAUUCUCUAAAAAUUCUGUUUUAUUCACAAAUUUUAAAAAAUAAAACAUGAAGCUAGCUAAACCUGGAGCAGUUUUAGCUGCUGUUGGCAUUGUUGGUGCUUCUAAUUACGAAGAACUCAACAAGAAAGUUUGGACGUUGAGCAAAGUUGAGAACAAACGAAGAAAAGCGGACAAGAUUAUCGAGCGAUGGAUGGUAAGUUAUUCGAGGCUUAAAGCAGUAUUUUUGAUAGUUUAAUGAGGAGAUAUUAAUUUAAAAGCUUUAUCAAUUUUAAUAUUGGUUUCAAAGACUGUUUUGGAAGAAUGAUAAUGCGUUUUAUCAUAUUUAUGAGUUUUACAAGAGAUUUCGAUAUCAGAUGGCAAGUGUAAUAUAAUUUUAGAUACUGCUUCUUAGGUUUUUAUAAUGGAAUGUUAUUAUUAUGCAAGGUAAAAAGAAAGUAUAUUUUACCUUGUCAGACACUAAUUUAAUGCUGGACUUAACAUUGUGCUUUCUAGAAAAAAAUCUUUGGCCUAGUGUCUAGUGUAAUAUACUUUUUCAUAAAACUUAUAAAAAUCAGCGAAAUAGUUUAAAAAUUGAUCUUUCUAUAUAAGAAUAAGGUGUUUGGCAAGCUUUUUAAUAUAAAUUCUUAUUGUUACACAUACAAUUGUUACCUAUACAACCAUCUGUUCGAGUCAAUGUCUAGUAUAAUAUGAUUUUCCCCAUAACUAAACCAUCUUUUUCAGAAUGUUUCCGGCACUCCAGGAGUAACAGUUGGUGUAACAGUGAAUGGAAAAACAGUAUAUUCGAAAGGAUUUGGCUUUAGUGAUGUUGAAAAUGGCACUAAAUGUCGGCCAGAUACUGUGAUGAGGAUAGCUAGCAUAAGCAAGUCUAUUACUGCCACAAUCACUGCAAAGUUGGUUGAACGAGGUACUGUGGAUUUGGAAGCUUCUAUUUAUGUGGGUUUUUGAAGUUUGUUAAAUGUUGUUUUUGUAUUGUGAUGAAUGUUAUAUUACACUAGGGAUCUGAUGUUGUUGUCAGGAGUUCGACAGGUUUUUAGUGGUUUUUGAUAAAUCUGUGUAUAAAAAUAGAAAUAAUUUGAAUUUUUAUGAAUUUUUAGGUUAUUUAAAGGUAUAAACGUGUUAGUUUUUAUUUAUUUUUAAUGAAGUUUUGCUUUCAGAAGUACCUAUCCGACUUUCCAAAGAAAAAAUGGGAAAACAAGGAAGUUGACAUCACGAUACGACAGCUAUUGGGACAUAGAGGUGGAAUCAGGCAUUAUCAUAAGGUAGGUUUUACAUGUCGUUGUCAACUUUAACUCUAUCGGCACCGGUGUCCUCAUCUUUACUUCUGCCUUUACUUCUAUCCCUAUCCUAAUGUCUUUCUUGCCUCUAGCGCUACUAUGUUCUAAGGUCUACCUGGUGCACAGUUAACUAAAUCUUACAAUUGAGCUGACAUUUCAGUCUGAUCCAACACCAAAAGAAAAAGACGAUUCAUAUGCCAAGUAUGGUGAAGAUCGGCCUCAAGACGAAUACCUACGCCGCCAUGCCUACAAGAACUUGGAGUCGGCAUUGGAAAUGUUCAAGAACGACCCUCUAAUCAAAAAACCAGGCGAUUUCAGCUACACCACCCAUGGUUAUGCCCUCUUGGCGGCGUGUCUAGAAAAGGCGUCAUCCAAAUUGUAUCGUCAGCUGAGUCGCGAGCUCUUUACUGAUCUCGGCAUGAACAAUACCAUAUUGGAUGUGAAUGAGAGGAUCGUACCGAAUCGUGCACGAUACUAUCGCAGGAACCGACAUCACGAGCUGGUCAACGUGCCAGAAGUGGACGUGAGCUACAAACACCCAGGUGGUGGAAUAUUGUCUAAUACCAAGGAUCUACUCAAGUUUGGCAAUGCUCUGUUGGCUAGGUGAGGAAUUGGGAUGGGUAUUUGGUUGAGGGAGGGAUGUGGUAUAAAUUUAGAGGGGUGGGUAGGUAAGUGUUGAGUGAAGGAUACUAAUGUCAUUUCAUUUAGUUACCAAGGCAAGUGUCAAUCGUAUUUGAGUAAAGAAACAAUGGACACAUUCCUAAAUCAAGACUACAAAACCUCGGAUUACAAGGACUUUUACGCGUUGGGAUGGUCGAGAAAGCCGGAAACAAGGGUUGUGGAUGGUACUACACAGUACCAAACUGGAUAUUUGUGAGUUUUUUUGAAAGUUACGGUACUUUUCAUGGGACUUUUAGAAUAAAAAGUGAUUUUUAUGGACUUUUUGACCGAUUUUAAACGACUUCUAUAGACAUUUUGACUAUUUUUAACUAAUUUCUAUAAACUUUUUGACCAAAAACUUAUUGUUUUAGUUACCACACUGGCGCAGCGACUGGAUGCUCAUCAUUACUAUUCGUAAAACCCUUGAACAACAAUCAGAAUUCGAAAAAUGAACCCAAUGGUAUCUGCAUUGUCAUAUUAGCCAACUGCCAAGAAGUCUACGAUGAUAUCGUCAAGACUGGCGAAGAACUCGUAUCUCUUUUUGCUGAAAAUCAAUAA